GACUUUACAAGAUCUUGAACUUGACGAGCGCGUGCGCAGCCGUGGGAAAAUUCUCAAGACAAGUUUAGCGCGGGGCGCGCAUAUUUUAACCCGAGAUAAAGGCUCCACAAGUCCAUCUGGGACUAAGUUGAAACGCCGGUACAGCAUUGACUGCGCGGACUUCUGAACCAGCUUGUAAAUUUCAGAAGCCGGUUUUGAACCUUGUCCAGGUACAUUGGAAAGCCCCCUUGAAGCCCGGGGGGUGUGAUAGUAUUUUUCGCACGAUGAGAGCGUUAUUCGCACUUGUGUAUUGCAUCAGCCUGCUCUCCUCACAACUGUUGGCUUUACCGGUGAAGAGCCAGCUGAGGAAAAACAGGUUGGACUUCAUGUUAAGACUCCGUCAGCUGACCGCAGCGGGUGCCAUCUCUCCAGACAUCACUGACCGCCCCGUAUCCAUCGACCGCACCAUUCUCUGGAGGGCCAUCCUCUCCAGACCACCACCUCCAGCCUUAGACAACCCAACCGAAAUCCACACCAGUCAGCCAAUGGGAAUAGAGUCCAAUGAAGUGAGCGGAGUCCCACAGCAAAGAGGAUCAAGAGGUCGCCGCCACGUGCGAAGUCAUCACAGCCAUCACCACCCCCAGCUGAUGCGUGUCGGGUGCGUCCUCGGUACCUGCCAGGUACAAAACCUAAGUCACCGUCUCUACCAGCUGUCCGGCCAAAGUGGGCGUGAAGACUCCUCGCCCAUUAACCCCCGGAGCCCACACAGCUACGGAUGAGCACUGGAGAGACCCCGGCUAAAACAAAAGACAAGAGAACACAGCGUUACACAUAUCUGUCCCUGUGUUUGUUUAUUUGAUCGCGAUAGUUCUGAAUACGAUACUGCUGUAUUACUUCUCCUCUCUGCCUUGAGUUUCUGGAGUACUGUGCCUGUUUGGACCUGUUUCCCUUGACAGCAACCUGCCUAAAUUCCUCUAUCUACAAACGUUGACUUUGGCCAUGAGUUGACCCGUUUUGCUUCUUUUAUAUUGUUUGAUAUUGUCAUCUUGUUAGGGUGAUAUUUUAAUCUCCAUCUCAGAUGUGAGAUUAGUCUGGACGAUUUCACCUCCUUCCCUCACUCAUCCUGAUCAAGCCUUUAAUGUGGAUCUUAACAAGGAGUGCAAUUGGAUUCCAGUCAAGCUGAGAUUUGUGCUCCAUGACUCCAAUAUUGAACCGUUUUACCUUCCCAGCACCACAAACCUUCUCACUUGACUUGUCAAUGCAGCUUUGAGUUUGCAUUUUAGAAAUUUCAUUUCAGAAACCCGCCAGAAAUCUGGAUUAACAUUCUGUCGUGCACCUCGUGGUCCGGCGUCUGAAAUAUUGCACUUCAUGUGAUUCAUAAAUUCUAAAAACAUGACAACAACGGCCGUUUUAAGAAUAAAUUAUAAUCCCGAAGGUCUCGGUUUCCACUCUGCAGGAAUCCCGAUGGGCUUUGCCACGUUUCAUAAACAAAAGUAAAUCCUUUCCUGAGCAUUUCUUAAAAGAAAACACACCCAUAAAUACCCACAAACUAAGUUACAGCUCAAAAACACAUCCACAACUAGCUCCUUUUGAAAACUAUUUAUUCUCUAUCUGUGAGUGAUAUAUAUAUUCUCUUAUAAAAUCAAACAAUUUUGUCAGAUUUCUCCUCCUGAAAAGAAUCCCACAUCUUCUGCUUGGGUCAUUUAAGUCCAUUCAUAAACUUCUUGUUAUUUAAAUGACAGAUUCCAGUUAUACCAAAAUGUAAGCCUUACAGUAACACGUUCCAAAAGCACCCACAAUGCGUCUCGUGUAUUUUAAGAAUUCUGUAUUGUUAUAAUAAUCCGUGGGUGGAUACAAACACCAAAAAUACCCACCAGAACAGCCUUCAAACAUUCAGAAACUUUCCUUGGUUUCGAGACAUCAAAGUGCCUUGAAUGUCUGAGGAUUAAAAUAGCAGAAGUAAUCCUAAAAAUCCUGCUUAAACAUCAAAUACUUACAUUCUGAUGAACUAAAACCAAUAUCCAGGCCAAGAAUCUCUCAGCAUGCAUUAGGAUUUUGCUUUACAUUGUGAUGACAAUCAUACAAACACAAGCUUGCUCCAAAGGCAGAGAAUUCACCAAAACCAGAUUGAACUUGAUUCUCUUCUGUGCGUUUACACUAUACUGUCAUUGACUGAUCAUUUAUUCUCACUAGUAUUUCUCUUUAAACGGGCUUGAAUCUUACUUCCAUUGGAUUUUAUAUCUGUGAAAGGCCUUUCUCUCUGUCGUGGCUGAUUGGAAUGAUCAUAGGAACUCUCUGGUGCUUCACGUCUAUCAUCUGCUCAAAGGCUCUCUAUAUAUCCAAGCCGUUCUCUCUUCUGUAAUCUGUUCAGUGAUUCAUUAAAGGCUUUUAAACUGCUGAGAGCCUUGUUACUUGUUACUCUGCGUACAUGCACAGGGAGAGCCUUACCUGCCUCGUGUUAACUUAGUGAUCACAUUCCUGUUUUUGAACUAUUUAUUUAUUUAACGACAAGUUGUCAACGUCUUGGUGACAUGGGUUGUACGUAAUAGUUGCGUCAGUGCCCCAUCCUUCUUCGUGUUUUUUGGAAAUAGUGUCAACAGAAUUUGUUGUAGGAUGUACAGAAUGAUAGUGUGUAUAUGUUUGUGUCACUCUGGCCGUGAGUCCACACUAAAGUCAAAUGUUGCAAGAGAUACUAAAGGUCAGUUGUGUUGUUACGUCCUCACAAAGCACUUUAAAGGAGAAGCGUGUUGUGUUCGUCACUGUGACUGUGUUUCAUGAAUCUGUAUGAAUGUAUUUAAAAGGUCUUAGCGCUCUGAAUUAUGGGUAAUUUGGUAGACACAGUCCUUAUCAUGUACACUUUGUAAAUACUAUUAUAAGUAAUAAUAUUUAAGUUAUUGUAUUUAUGCAUUCGUGUAUCUAUGUCACCAAAGACGUCAUUAAUGGCAUUUAGUUUGUUCUCACAGCUCAGAGGUGCAUUCUGGGUAAGAAAAGAAGAGUUCUUUUUUAGUAAAUCCAGUGGGAUUGUGUGACUCAAAUACAAUGUUCUUUUCUCUGUGAAAUAAAGCCUACAUGUAGCGAGAUGAAA